UACUUCUCAAGUCGUCUAUCGUAGCAGGUUUUGUGUGUGCCCUGAUCACUAUCUGCCAACGUGACCGUUGAAGAAAGCGCUGCCUCGGCCAAAAGUAAUAUCUUCCGAAGCCCAGACGAUGACCCCGACCAAUGACAACCACGCCGUUGGCGGCACCGAAGCCGAUGCCAAUGCUACCCAAGCCCUCGAAGAGCUCUUCAAGGGUUCUGAAGCGGUCGACGAUUCUGUUCUCGACGGUUUUUACUCGAUCCGAGAUAUGGACGGCUUCGAGAAAUGGAUCAGCGAACACAAGUCAACCCUUUGCAGACCGACGGUUGCCCAAACGGAACCGAAGAGAAAGAUUCUCGUCCUGGACCUCGACAACACCUUGAUUAGCAGGGGCGGGUGUGAGGUGGACUUCGUAGUCGACUGCGAGAAUGGCUGUCAUUAUAGCAUCUUCAUCCACCCGGACUGCAUCAGCUUCCUCCACGAGAUGGCCGCGCACUACGCCCUAAUCUCCAUCUUUACCUCCAGCUCAUGGAUCUACGCCACCAAGAUCAAAAAGAAAAUCGAAGAGCGUUACCUGGAAGCUUACCCCAACUCGAUCUGCCCGAUUCGGAUGGUCAUGGCCUCUGGCCAUUGCACCCUUGUCGAAGGAGAGCGCAAGAAGGAUCUGCUUAAAUUUGGAAGCUUGGACAAUGUCGUGUUUGUCGACGACGACCCGUACUACUCGAUAAGGAGCCAAAACGAUAACGUGGUCCAAGUCCGUCGAUACCAUGGUCAAGAGUCCCAACAAGGCGGUCUGUUGGCCUUAGUUCCCCUGCUCAGCUUCCUCAGUUCCGUCGAAAGCGUCCCCACCACCUUGCGCAAACUCAAAAAGGUUUGGCACACCAACAAUCUCGUUGAAAUUGUUCAGUCCACCGUGGGAGUUACUUGUUAGAAGUUCUUUUCGUAAAUAUCAUUGAAAAUAAAUCCAAUAAAUCCCCC